GUCUCUCGCCUUGAUCUCUUCUUCACCCCAUUACUCUUCUUCAUACUUUUCUACUUCUUCCGCUCUUACCGACGAGCCCACUUCAACAAUGUCACCGACAACGACCCGAAUGAUCCUCAACUCGCUCAUGGACGCCUCCAGAGUCAGAGCAACUGCCUCCUGUCGCCAGAUCUCUCGCCCAAGCAACGCUUUUUCAACGCUGACACUUGCAGCUACCAGGAACAACGCCAUUAAACCCGCACCCCUUCCACCUUGUCUUCCCUUUAACAGCAGUUGCCUCUCAAAGACUAUUACUCGCCACAGGCGUAUCCCAAUGGCCUCGUCUGCUGCUUCGCAUUUUCACUCUUCAGUGCCAGUUAAAGAGAGCGACAGCAGCAAGUCAGCAACACCAAAGAAACCCGAGACACGACCCUGCUGGAAGUGCUCGACACCAAUCCCCUUCAUGGCUCUCUUGUGCAGCAACCCAGACUGCAAAGUUGUCCAGCCUAUCGCCCCUGGCGCCAACUACUACGAGACCCUUGGAUUGAACCCAGAGCCAACGUUCGAUGUUGACGUCAAAACUCUGCGGAAUAAGUUCUUGAGGAUCCAGCAACAGAUCCACCCGGAUUCUUAUUCACUCAACACCAAUGGCGAUCAAAUGUAUGCACAGCAGCAAUCCUCACUUGCCAACAAGGCCUACUCAACAUUGAAGGAGCCUCUCAGCCGUGCCAACUACAUGCUAGACCUUCUUGGUGCUCCUAUCCACGAGACCGAGUCGUUAAACGCGCCAGAGCUACUGAUGGAGGUCAUGGAGGCAAGAGAGCUCUUGGAAGACGCACAGACGGAAGAGGAGGUCGAGGAUCUGAAAAAUACGAACGAUGCGCGCAUCAAGGAGACGGUCGAUGGGCUGACAAAGGCAUUUGGGGAGCAGGAUCUGGAGGCGGCAAAGACGCUUGCGAUCGAGCUGCAGUAUUGGAUCCGCAUUAAGAAUGUGAUCCGGGACUGGGCUGCUGGCAAGCCCAUUGUCGCCGAUCAUGUCUAGAGCGUGUACCAUACAUAAUAAACA